AUGGCGGAUUGUCCACAAGAGAUAUGGACCCAACGUGACCAAUUCACUCACGAGCAGAUACCCGUAUCGGAUAAAGACCGCAUAUCAUCUCAAAAUUCUGCUAGACUGAGCAAUCACCAUUACAGUACCAAGUCUAAAGCAGGAACCAACUGUAUUAGAGCAACAUAUAUUCUUCAAAUUGGCGAUAUCGUAUAUUUGCAGUCUGAUCGAAAUAAAUCUUGUUCUCGGUCGCGGUACCUGGUUACAAAUAUUGAUGGCUCUUGGUGUGACAUUAGAAAGUUCAUCGGUUCCCAAUUACGCAACACAACUUAUCGAGUUCAGUCGUCCGAAUUGUACAAAGUACAUUCCGAUAUCACAGGCCAAAACUCUGACCUGCCGAAUCUCCAUGAAGAUGAUGAUGAUAGCAACGAUGGAAAAGCUGAUGAUGCUCAGUCCGGAUUACAUGCUGACCCUCCACGUAUUAAUGCGCUAUAUAAACCCUACGAUUACCCACCACACAGUCUACCCCUGGAGCAAUUUCAGCCAACUAUUGAUAUCCCUCCUAUUCCUGAUCCUCCACCGGAAAUCAUUACUCCCCCUCAAGACGUUCACAAAAAGAAAGGAAACUCCCAAAGAGUUAAAUUUUUAGUUAUUUGUUGUGUAACAGGGGCAGAAUAA